GUGUAAAACAGGUACAUUUUUUUCUUGUAGAGUUAACCAUGUACCUUUUUACGUAGUUUCUGUGGUUGUCGACACAUUAUUUAUCUAGUUCCGGUCUUUGUUCUCUUCAAGUACAAUUCAUAAUUUUCUUCCGGAUACAGAUAAAAUUCAGUGACUUUCAGCAAUGUCAUCUGAAACAAAUGGAUCUAUUUUUCCUACGAGUGGUACUGAAACAAAUUCAUCAAACGAUAACAACAAAUGUGGAUUAUUCGAAUUACAAUUCCUAUCUCAUCCACAUUCAAAUCAUAACUCAUCAUAUACUAAUCCAACUCUGUCUUACCUUAAUAGCCUCAACUGUUGGUCUCAGAAAACAUUCCCCAGUACCUCACAAAGCACAAAUUUUAUGCCUACAACAUACCUUGAUGAACAAUUAAAACUUCAACAACUACAAAUGCAGCUUUUACAAUUGGAGCAGAAUGGUAAAGAUCAACAGAAUACUACAACAAAGGAACAUAGUAAUAUAGGAAGUAAAGUGGGAUGUUUAAACAGCACCAGUGUUAAUGCUCCUGAUGUCAAUGUUCUCAGUUGUUUGCAGAACACUCAUCUGUGGAAUAAUUUAAGAAUGCUUGAUCACAAUAAUCCAUCACUCAGAGUAGAUUCACCUUAUCAAAAUACUUCUGAAGCAUUAAGCCUACAGGACAUACAACAUUUGGCAUUCUUGAAUCAAAUAUAUAGUCAGGUAGAUAUUGGACAAUCACAACCAUUUAGUCCUACAACGGGAUUUCAUCCUAAUGUAGAAAGUGCCGAAGUUCAUGGUUCUAGAAACCAUUCUACAUCUAUGGCGUCACUUCAAGGUAUCCCUUCAACAGGUUCAAGUUCUGAACAGAAUCAAACUGUUAAUUUUGCAAACAAUGAAAAUGCAUUUUUAGCUGGACAGCUUUUCAGUAAUCUCUGUGCGCUUCACAAUGAUAGUCAAAAACAAAGAGAAGCUAUCUCAUUUUUUCGAGAUAGUUUAUCUGAAUCCUUGAGAUAUACAAACUUAUUAAGCAACAACGGUACUACACAUCCUGUUAAUGAAUUUCUCUCUUCUUCUGGAUCCUCUAAUACACUCCUACCCAACACAUCCAUCCCUGAGUCAAAUAAUACCACAACGACAGGUGAUACAGUGAAUAACUCUUUUGGAAAUAGUUUGGCCUACUCUCAAGCCCUAAUGAUGGUCAUGAACGCUAUGUACAGUAAUUACAAAACUAUCCAAACACCAGAUCAAUCCCCAUCAACUUUACCAACACAAAAUGAUUUAACAACUAGUAAUGGACUUAAUUUAAUACAGCGUGGUUCAAUCAAUUAUCCAAGCCAACAACCAAUUAGUACAACUUCCACACCACCUAUCUGCCCAAAUGUUGAACCUAAAGAGUCAUUCAGUGAUGUUCUGACAUUUUUAAGUAAAUGUUUGAAUAAGCCUACAAAUCGUUAUGAUAAACGUCAGACAAAUUUGUUUACUAAUCAGCAACCUCCAGUGACAAGUUCCAUAGGCACAAAACCUCCCUCUACUACCAAUCCAAAACUAUCUGGACGCCAAAAAGCAGGUAAUAGCAAUCACCAAAUAAAUCAGUGUAAUUCAUCUACAACACCUCAUCGUGGUAGAGGUAGACCACCUAAAUUGGCUGGUGUGCAAUGCCAGAUGACUAGCAAACAACAAACGCAAACCAAGCAAAGUCAUUCGGUCAAUAAUACUAGUGAAAAACAGCUACAGGUCAAUACUCAAGCCGUAGUAGGAGUUUCACCAGGCGUUAAACCAAAUAUAGACCAGAACUGUACCCAGUCAAAAGCAGAGAUCUCUGCAUCGAGUUCAAAAAUAAAGCCAUUCACUUGCAAUUCUGUAACCGGUGAAUCACGUGAGCCGCUAGACUUCAGUGUAGCUGAAAUAAAAAAUGACUUGAUGAAAUCUCAAGAACAAAAGUCUUUUGAAGCUAUAAAUGGCAGAAAUGAAGGUAGCAUUGAAGAAACCAUAGAUGAAGUUUUAAAAAAUAUUGACAAUUGUAAUGGAGAUCUCGUGAAUUUAGCCAACCGCUUAGCCUAUACUGCUCUAGGAAUUAGACCAGAUGAAGGUUACAGACGAGAAAAUAGUGAAGUUGUUAGGAGCAGUCAAUCUUCAGCAAAUAUGCCAACACACUUAGAAUUUACUUCAUCAGCUAAAAACAGUGAAAUGCUACAGUGCGCUAAACACUCGAACUUGCAAACACCAAUUCCUUCUAAUUCUAAUGUUGGACACCAUGGUACACUGGAGAAAGUAGCUCACCUGGAUCCGCAUAGACGAGGUGUAUGUGCCUCCAACAACCCUCAUGAUAGGGUACCUGAAAUAUCAAUCGACUGUUUUAGUCAGACCUUUUUAUCUGAAUCGAAGUAUGCUAAGAGUUGUGCGUCAUCCACUCCGUGUAGUAUGAAUACGUUUAUUGACCCAAAAGGAUUAAAAUCUACUUAUGGUGUAGAUUUGCCUUCAGUUUGCUCAACAAAAAAACAAAAUAAUAAUUCAUCAAUAAAUGCAUCACAUCAUUCUUUCACCUUGAGUAAUUCUUCUUCUUUGCAACCUGACCAACAAAUGAAUAUGCCUCCUUCUCAUAGUUGUCAAGUUUUCAGUAAAGAAAAUGUAUGUACAAGCACUACAGAUAAUCGAGGAUCACAUUUACACCAUCAACUUGCAAAUGAACAAACAAUUAAUUCAUCUUAUCCCAAUGAUAUUUGGUCAACUCCUAUUCCUAAUAUUUCAAACUCUGUACAACAACAACAACAAAACUUAUUGGAAAAAGAAUAUCUAAAGACAUUUUUCAUUGAAUUUGUUAAACAACAAGAAGCUAUGGAAAAAGAGAAAGCUGAUUUGAUCAUCAAGGAGAAGAAACAGUUACAAGAAAAAAAAAUCCUUGAACUGAUUGAACAAGAACUAAGAAAACCAGUGGAAGAUUUACGUUUAAUUGACUUGAAGCCACUACCACAACUGAAUUCAAUUCCAGGAAACAAAAUGUCUGGAAAAAUGUUUGGAAAUUGUUUAAUGGUUGUUGAAUUUCUGCACGCAUUCAAAGAUAUUUUAUGCCUAGAUACAGAGGCAAUACCAAACUUAGGAGAAUUACAGUCUGCACUUAUUGAUCGUGAUAUUCAAUGUCAACGAGUUCUUGUUCAUUUGUUAAUUGAACUGUUGAGACUUGCUAUUUGUGAUCCUGGAUUGCCUAAUUCGCGACUAGUUACCCAAUUACUUGGUCAGAGAUUAAAUGAGACUGAAUUAGAUGAGCACAAUGUCAGUGGUGUUCUUCGAGCAUUUAUCAUUGGACGGAAUGGUUAUGAAGAUGAUAUGUCUAAUUGGUUACAUCCACCGACACAGUUUAUCCAGCUACCAGGUGAUCGUCAGGCUGCUUUGUUAGCUUUCAUCUGUGAUGAAUUGAUCUGUUCAAGUCGUCUUAUAUCUACAGAAGUUGACAGGAAUAUUGAACAACAAUUAUUGUUGAAACGAGAAAAGUUGACCAUUGAGUCAAGAAUACGAAGAUUGCGUUUAUUAAUUGCUCAAAAAUCAAUAACUCCUGGGACUUCAACAUUAGAAUAUGAAAGAGGAGGAGUAGGAAAGUCUAAUUCAAUAUCAUCUGAUUCAUAUGGUGGGAUGAAGCCCACCCAGACAAGUUACUCAGAAAUCGGCCAAGCAUCUCUGAAAUAUUUUCCUAAACCACCAACUAGAUGUAGUCCAGAAGUUGAAUCAGUUGGUGCAGAUCAGAAAAUUCAAAAACAUGACGCUACAAUGAAACAAAUUGAUUUAGAUGAUGAGGUAGCCAUUCAUUCGAAUACUGAUUCAAAAGUAUCUAUGAAUGAAGGCACAUUAACAGAACAACCUACUUGUGAGAAAAUUUCAUCAAUAAAGUCCAACAUUUCAGUUCCUUUUUCAACACCUCCAAUUGUAGCAUCUGGUGUACUUAUCGAGGAUGAAGAUGAUAUGUGCUGCAAAAUAAGUGAACUUGAGGCUAAGCUUGAAACACUGAUAAGCAUGUUGGAACAGAAACAAAAAGAAGUCGAUGAAGCUUCUACUAGAUUGUCUGGUCUUUUUCUUGGUCAAGAUAGAUACUAUCGUAAUUAUUAUUCUUUGAAACAUAUGGGUGGUAUUUAUAUUGAAUGUGAACCAUUCGGUAGGAUCCAGUCAGGAAGUGAAUGUUAUUCUAAUUCGUUACAAACUAAGAUGGAUGAAAAUUUUGUAGAAGACAAUUGGAGUGAUCUUCCUGACUCUCAUCCUGAUUAUAUUGUAGGUCAGAUUAAAGCACGACAUGCACUUGCUGCUCAACAGCAUCAGCUGAAAUUAACUGGCUGUAUAACUAGUACACACCAAUAUUCACAAGCUCAUAGCCUUCAGUGUGCAAAUAGAUCUUCGUUAAAUGUAGAAAAUGUACAGCAAACUGAAAAAUCAUGUACAAAUAACUCGCAUGAGAUUGAACAAUCUGAUAGCAAUUCUGAAACAGUCUUGAAGCAUGCACAAAUAACAGAUUGUGAUAAUUCAAAAAGUGCAAGUGAAUCAGAAAGUGAAGAUAAAGAAGUUAAUGCUGAAUCUUUGAACAACACUGACGAGGUUAUGUUUGAUGUGAAGAAUGUAGUGAAACCUUCUAAUGAAUGUGAUAAUAGCACGAAAAAUACAACUCAAGACGAUUCAUCAAUCUCUCCAUGUUUGUCAUCUAAUGAUUACUUUACCAGUGUUACUUCAGAAAUUCGGACAAUCGACAGUGAAGUCGAAAAAUCGUUACCUAAUAAAGAAGAUCCAGACAUUAUUCAAGCUAAAUUUCCUGCAGCACAGGAAGCCUGUGAUGUUUUGCAUCAGAAUGAUGCCAACUUUCAAUCAACUGUAAGCCCUAUAAAUGAAAAUGAUGAGCACUUGGAAUCGAGUUAUGAGUGUGGAUUACAAAAUGUCAGUGCUAUGAAAAGUAAUGAUCAAGAAAAUCAAGAGUCUGACAUUAAACCUGUAUUAUCUACGGAAGUUAUUAGUAAUUCGUCAGAAGACAUCACUGAAGCAAAUAAAAUAGAUAAUACCAAAGGUGAAAAAGAGCUUGGAGCUAAAAUACCAACAGUUAAAUACAACGUCGAAAGUGUAACUGAUAUGAAAUCUAAAAGUGUCUGCGAUGCCAAACCAAGCAUUAAACAUCAACAAGAACAAGAAAUGGUCUAUAGUUCUGAACUGCUAGUCGGCAAUACCAUUAGUCAUCAAAAAGUGAGUGAAGAAGAUCAGUAUGGAAAUCCUAAAGGAUUGGUUAAUUUUACAGUUGAAGAUAAAGCAUUGUCUUCAACUCAGCCUUUAGACCUAUCAAACAAAUCUUUUCGCUCAAAACAGCUUACAAGUGAAUCUAUAAAUACAGAAACACAGUUCAUCACUGAAAUUAAUCAUACAUGCCUGCCUGGUGAACUUGAUGAUUCAACACUGACCAAAAGCAUAAUUUUAUUUAUGAACUACACAGGAAUAAUGCCAGCCACAGUUAAUAAUCAAAUUUGUUCUGAUACGUGGAUAUAUGUAAUGAAUUAUUGUAAACUACUGCUUAGUUCUGCCCUUUCUGAUGAAUUAGAAUGUGCUAAAAAUAAAAAUUCAGAUCAAACAGCAUAUUUGAAUUCACCACUUACAGAAGCUGUAAUGAAAAUAAAACGUUUAAUUCCAGAUGAAAUAAAAAAUGAACCGGCGGAUAACACUGAGAAGAUAACCAGUGAUGGGGAAAAUAUUCAUUCACCAACAGGUGAUUCACUUCCUGAUAUAGAUACAUCGGAUUACGUGAAUAAAGAAUUAGAAGUGAGAAGAAUUCAAACUGUUACAGAAGACUUAUCAUGUAUUAAAUCGAAAAGCGAAUCUACCUGGUUUCAGUUAGUGGAUAGAAACAAAUUAAAAGAGUUUUUAAAUGCUCUUACAUUACGUGGAGUUCGAGAGAAACAGUUAGGCAAGUGUAUUCGACGUUCAAAGGAUUUUAUCGAGUUAUCCAUGCAGUUAGCUCUAAAACAAAAUUCUGAAUACAAUUUUGAUAAACACAUACCUAUUGCCAAGUUGAAUGCACGACUUUUCCGAAUCCGUUUACAUCGCCGUAGAAGAAAACGGGGCAUAGGAUCUGUAAAUAAUCGCAUUGUAGGUCGAAACUGGGAUUGUUUCUCUGGAAAUGGUUCCAACUGUUCUAUAUCAACAGCGUCGUGGGAAACAAAUAACUCACAUGACAUGAAAGAGACAGAGUGUCCUCAUUCAACUCUGCCUUGUUCUGAUGCCAUGUGUUCUAGUGAUGAAUGUUCCAGUGAAUCAAACUGUGGUUUAACAGUUUAUUCUAGACGUAGUGCUAUGGAUGCCUGUCAUAUGUAUUGUAAUUAUCCAGCCAAAUCACCGCUCGAUCCGGCUGAUGUCACCACUUUCAAAUACAAAGGUGCUGACGAUAAGAGACGGAAGAAAGAAGAUGCUUUCGCUGAUAAACAUUGCAUUUUUAUGGGUGAAUGUCAAUUACUCCAUGAAGUAGAAGCUCUUGAAGACAGAGUGUUGUAUGCUAAUUUACAGAUUAAAGGAUGGAAGCCCCCUACCAAGACAUCUGAAGAUCAAACCAUCUCUCUUAUACCUCGUUCAGCGGCAGUUAAGAAAUCUCGAUUCGAAUACUCACCACUUGAUCUUGCACGUAAUCGUUUGCUGGAUAUUGAACAACAUCUGGAGCGUCGUUAUCUAGUCCCACCGCUUAACACUGAAAUUCAGCUUGAUAUUGUCCCUGAAGCUGAUACCAACGAGGUUGUCUCUUCGUCGAAUAGAAGUGAUAGCGUCACAGAAUCUGUAGAUAUUUUGAUUGAAACUGAAGACGACUGUAAUGAUGCGAAGUUUAACAAAGGUGUAUCUAAUAAUGGAGUAUCUGAAGAAGACAGUAACAUCUCUAAACCACAUCAUUUACCACAGAUCCGUCGUGUUAUCAACAAACAACCUGAUCUAAAUGAUGAAAAUGAUAGCAGUACUAAUCAUAAGACACAAACUCCUACUAACCAACCAAGUGAUUUAAACCUCAUAUCUAAUUCACCUAAUGAUAAAAGCCUUCCUCCAGGACUUAUCAGAUGGCGUAGUAAAUUAAGUCAAGCAUUUGAUGUUACUACAGUGCGUCGUUGCAUGGAAGAAUUAGUUCAAGCAAUCGCAUGGGAUAAAUCAAUUAUGAAAGUACUUUGUCAAAUAUGCCGACGUGAUAAUAAUGAGGCUUGUUUAUUGUUGUGCGAUGGAUGUGAUCGUGGCUAUCAUACAUACUGUUUUCGACCACAACUCUCAAACAUACCAUCUGGUGAUUGGUUCUGUUAUGAUUGUGUCUCAAAAGCAACGUCAAAACGCUUAUGUUACAUUUGUGGUGGAUGUGAUGAAGUUAAUAACACUAUCCAGUCAACAGAUAAUCAUUCACCGUCAAACAAUAAUAUUAAAAGAAUGGCUAUUUGUUAUCAUUGUUCAAGAGCUGUACAUAACACUUGUGCUAGGCCAACAUUUGUACGUAUACCAAAGAAAUGGUAUUGUUCAAAUUGUAUUUUCUUAAAAUAUUCAAAAUCAAAUAAUGAAAAUUCUGACAUAUCAGUUGAAAAAUCUCGCAGAAAACGUAAAGAAUAUGGAGAUGCAAUAGAAGAGACGGAUACAAACAGUAAUCAGAGGGUUAAGAAACGCAAAAUGUACUCGCGUAACAGUACUACAUUUGAUGCAUCAGAAGAAACAGCUUUAGGGAUAUUUGGAACAUCAAGUCAAAUCAAUACUGGACCACAAAAUCAGAGCAGAAAUAGAAAACAUCGAGGAUGGUGGAAAAAAAUCCAUAAAUAUGGGAAACAUAAUGAUACAUUGAAUAGUGUAAAUAUUCCCAUUCCUACAACAUCUAAAGUACUGAAAUAUAGAUCUAGACAUCAACGUGAUAUUGAGGAUAAAAGCCUAAAGACACUAAAUUACCAUAGAGGCAUAACGGAUUGUUUAUUGUCUAGAAAACGUGGUAGAAAACCAAAUUAUCAUUCCAGUGCAUUACCAACAAAAUCCAAGCGUCAUUAUCAUCGUCGAUCUGCCUUAUUAAUUCCUAAAACAUCUGGCUAUCAAGAAAAUCGUCGACGUCAUUGUAGUAGUAGUAGUCCUAGUUCAUGCGAUAAUAGCACAAAUAAUGAUGGGAAUUUUUUAAACACUAAUUUAGAUGAAUCAAGACCCUCUACCAAUCAAAUUACUCAUCAAAUGACAUCUAAUGAACUUGAAUGGUGUCGGUAAGUUUUGACAGGCUUUUAUUGAUUAGUGAGUUUGAAUAAGUUUUGUCUGUUGUUGUGACUACAUAUUAUAAAUAAGCCGCCUUUGGUAAUAAUAAUAUUGGGAAACGAAAAUUAUCAUUGUAGAUGUACAAAACUUAUUUGGCUGAAAAAUCAGAGGGCAGGAAAUAGGUUUGUAUAAUAAUAGUGGUAAUAAUAAUAAUCUCUCCGUAUUUGGAAUUUGAUCAUUUAUAGGGUAUACUGAUGUAUUAUGAUUAAAACUCUUGCGUAUUCACAUUGCCAUGGUGAAUGCUUUUAAUAUCUGGUCUAAAGUCAGAUUUAUGUAUCAACCCCUUCUGUUUCUAUUUUUACCUUGAUCCUAUGCGUUUGGAAUGAAAUAUCAGGCUUCAAGCUUGAGACUUGAAGUUUCAGUAUUAGUGGUGUUUAUUUGUUGUGGGUUGGUGUUGCUAGGCUAGUGCGCAAUUUUUCCGCUAGCCUAAGCUUACUACCAGUCAUGUGAGUCUAAGGAGUGCAUAGGCCAGAGAUCGAAACUCGGACCACAUGUAUGGUUGGGGAAUAUUCUAUCACGGAACCGCCGACGUAUUAUUUCUAUGCUUAAAUUAAAUAACCAUUGUUAAGCUCAUUCCUAAUGGCCUUAGAAUUUUAUGGAUCUGAGAAGCAGCAUUAUUCUAACUUACAAUCAGUGAAAUUUGAAAUCAUGAACACUACCAUAUUUUUGCUGUUCUCCACUUCAUUUGUAUAAAAGUAGGUAUGUUAACCAGGUGGUGUUUCAUAUUGAGUUAAUUGAAGGUGAAGAUUAUUUGUUUGCUCAAGGAUUCUUUAACCAUAAGAGCAUGUACACAAUUGCAGAUACUAUUUCUUAAUUUACUUUUGGUUCAAUUUAAUCAGAAGACAGGAGUAAGCAGUUUUGAAGAGUGUUUCAAUGCGUCUUAAUCCUCAAUGUUAAUUAACCAGUUUUACAUGGUAUAACGCGGUUUGUUUUAAAGCUUUUUGACUCAGAUAUGAACAUACUGAUCAAAUUCAGUGAUUGUUCAUAUCUACAAUUUUGUGUCCAAUUAUACUUUUCUUACAGACUGUAGUAAGCCAUUCACUAACACACUUCCAGUUCAUUAUAUAUUACCAUGGUUACCGUCAGUUACGAACAGGGAUUUAACAUAUUUUAUCACGGUACUUUUUUGUUAAUUAAAAGUCAAUCACUCAACUAUUUUUCAAGAAAAAAUCUUUUUGAUUUGACUUUUUUCAUUCUGAAGAUACAGAAUUUUAGGACCUGGUUUAGCGAUCACAUUAAUACCAGUCUCAAAGAAGACGACUAGUGACCUGUCUACAGCUUACUGAUCAGCCUUUGUAUAUGAUCGAAUACUAUUCUAAAUUAGUAAACUUUAGAGAAUAUUGGUAAAAAAGUUUAGCUAUGACUUCAAAGGAAAUUCAACUCAAAGCAUCUAAGCUCAUCGGGGAAAAUGUUAGGGAAAAAGGCUAGAAUUUUCUCCUUUCUGAAAUUUGAAGUAUUGUAUUAUCUUCUUCUAGAGUCUUACGUACAUUGUUUCCAUGUUAUUUUCUAGUUUAUAACGCUUUUCACAAUAAUACUUGUAAUAUAAUUGUGUAUUAUCACAGUAUAUUAGUCUUAGGCGUCGGUUGUCCAGGAAAAGAAUGCUUACUAACCACGGGUUCGGGUUCGAUUCUUGGUCAACCACACAUUCCUAAGCUUCUCAUAGUUUACUGUCCGAUAGUAAGCCUUGAAAAAGAGGAAAGAUUCAAAGUAAAACGACUGGCAAUCCCAUCCCGUAAAAUUAAUACCAUCUUUACUGAGACUUCAACAGCUUGAAGCCCUAUAUUUCCACUCGGAACGAAGGGAAGGGAAACACUAGAUAGUCAUAAAAGGUAGGUAGCAAAUAAAUUGAGUACAGCACAAGGAAAGUGUUAUUCAUUCGUCUCUUAUACAAGAGCUAAAGUACGUUAAUAUAGGAUAGAAUAUAUGUCAAUUCGCUUAACAUGAACGAACAGUGAUGUGGUAUUCAUAGAAUUAGCGUUAGUAAUAACUGGUUUUCAAUGGUUCUCUAACUGAUAUCAAUCCGUGAUCAACCCGUAAAACAUAACUAAUCCUUACAAAACCAAACUAUAGAAACUGCUAGGAAACAAAAAUAUACAUCAUAAAUGCCGAUCAAGAUAUGAAAAAGGGGAGUUAAUCAAUUCCUCGUUAUCUUCUCUUUCUGAUUUCUUUAAGGGUGUAUUUUCUAUAUCGGAAAACAGUUAAAAGAAUUAUCUGACACCCGAAGAACCCAAUGACUUUCUGCGCCUUUCUGUUAAUAUUGCAAAAAGCAAAUAAAACACAAAAUAAUUGAGCAAAGAAUAUCCUUUUCAGUUAUUUCCUCUUCUGGCUUUUGGAUCUGUUGAAAGGAUAAAAGAUCUAAAUCUUGACAAUAAAUUCAUGAUAUCAUUUGACGUAUCUUCCUUAUUCACCAAUGUGCCAUUCAUGGAAACAGUGGACUUUGUAUCCCAAGAACUCAUAAGAUGAAACAUCGAUGUUAGCAUUCCCAUAUCUUUUAUGAAAGAGCUUCUCUUGAAAUGCACAAUGAAUGUCCACUGCUAUAUAGACAAAUUGAUGGUGUGGCAAUGGAGUCGCCACCAGGACCCAUUCUAGCCGCCAUUUUCCUCGCGAAACUAGAAAAUGGGCUUUUGAAAGAUGUUAUUGAUGAACUCGAAUUCUAUUGUCGGUACACGGAUGAUACAUUUUUGAUUAUGAAAAAUGAGAAGGAAGCAAAGAACAUCCUGGAUAAAUUUAACCUAAAUUUUACUACUGAGAAGGAAAAAGACUAGUAUUUCAUUUCUAGACGUCCUUAUGACCAGAAAAGAGGAUGGCACAAUAAGAAGUAUAUAUAGAAAACCUACAUCAACGGGUCAGUAUACUUAUUUAUUCAGCUUCGUGCCUUUGAAAUACAAACGCAAUCUGAUAAAGUGCUUGGUUCACAGAGCAAGAGCAAUCUGCUCGGAUGAAUGUCUUGAUGAGGAACUUAAUAAUAUUAAACGAUAGCUGAGUGAAAACGAUUAUCCAGGAAAAUUUAUUGAUAAGAAUAUGAAUUUAAAAUCAAGGCAGCCCAAGGUACCAACAGCUCCUAAAAACACCUGUUCUUACAAAUUCAGUUCCUCAGGUACAACGUCUGCGAGAUACUAAGACAAUGCUUUAGGAGUGAGAUAAAAACAGUAUUCCCUGCUGCUGAAUUACACUGUGUCUUCAAAACCACACCUAUUUUGCGUUCGGGAGUAAUAGAUAAACUGCCUAAUUUCGCCUCUUCUAUGUGUAUCUACCAAUCUAACUGCUCCUGUGGAGUCAGUCACAUAGACCGCACAAUUAGGCGUGUUUCUCGUCGAACAUCAUCCUACGUGGUUAAGUAAAGGAGAAACAAAAUCUAUUCGUAGAGCUACUCUGUCUCAUCUUGUUGAUACAGAAUACAAAAUGUCACCGAGGCUUUCAAAGUCAUUCACCGCAUACCAACAAAUCUCAAUUUCGCCUUAAGAGUUCGUUUACUAAAUAUUCCUGAGGCCGCUGGGAUCCAGAUUAAGAGGUCUAAUUUAUGCGUCCAAAAGAAGCUAGUUCAGACAAUGUCCUUACUUUGGCCAUCUAAGUGCGAAUGAUCCUCAAUUUUUGUGGAAUUCUCCUAUUUUUAGUUGAUAUUCUAUUUGCUAUUAUAUCUUUAUUAUUAUUAUUUAAGCAUCUUUAGUGAACUGUAAUUCCACUGAUCUUACUUUACAAAUCGAUAUUAU